CUCCCUUCGCUCCACCCUUUGGUAAUCCAGAACCCUGGACCCACCCACGUCGCUAAUUUAAAUUGAUUGCUGAACAGUUUACUCGGCUGCUACUUACAGCUUUUUGCCCUAAACCGCUUAAUCUUACGAGGCUGCGGAGAGCCAGCGCCGGGUCCCUGUCCAGCGCCAUGAGUCCCGCCCGGCCGUGCGCCCCCGAAGUGCUGGGCCGCCUCAAUUGGCUGACUCCGCUGCUGCCGCUGCUGCUGCUGCUGCUGCUGCUGUGUCCCCGCGCUUCUCUGGGUGACUGCAGGCCUCCCCCAGAUAUGCCUAAUGCUCAGGCAUCAUUGAACGGUCUUACAAGUUUUCCUGAAGGAUCCCUGGUAACAUACACAUGCAAUCAAGGGUUUACUAAACUUCCUAACAAGGCAGACACGGUGUUCUGUCUCAAGGGCGAUGUAUGGUCAGAAAUCGAAGAAUUUUGUAAUCGUAGCUGCGAUGUUCCAACCAGGCUACUUUUUGCAUCUCUUCAAGACAUUUAUAACAGUCAAAAUUACUUCCCACCGGGUACCGUUGUGGAAUAUGAUUGUCGUAGGGGCUACACAAGAAACUAUUCCCUCCCAAAAACUCUAACUUGCCUUCAGAAUUUUACAUGGUCCAAACCAGAGGAAUUUUGCAACAAAAAAUCAUGUCCUAAUCCUGGAGAAAUACUAAAUGGUCAUGUCAAUAUAACAACUGACAUAUUAUUUGGUGGACUCCUCACCUUCUCAUGUAAUACAGGGUACAAAUUAGUUGGUGUGACUUCUACUUACUGUCUUGUUAGUGGAAAUAGUGUUGACUGGGGUGAUCCAUUUCCAGAGUGCCAAGGAAGUCCUCCAACUUCUAAUGUCACACCAGCUCCUCAGAAACCCACCACAGUGGAUGUUUCAGGUACCAAAGCCCCAUCAACUCCUCAGAAACCCACCACGGUGGAUGGUUCAGGUACCAAAGCCCCAUCAACUCCUCAGAAACCCACCACAGUGGAUGUUCCAGGUACUAAAACUCCAUCAACUUCUCAGAAACACACCACAGUAAUCGUUCCAGCUACAGAAGUCGCAUCAACUCCUCAGGAACUCACCACAGUAAACUUUUCAGCUACAGAAGCCCCAUUGACUCCUCAGAAAUCCACAUUAAAUAUUCCAGCUAUAGAAUUCCCCUCAUCUCAGAAACCUAUCACUGCAAAUGUUGCAGCUACGGAAGCCACAUCAACUCCUCAAAAACCCACUAAAAUAAAUUCUUCAGCUACAAAGACCCUACUAAUUUCUCAUAAAUCCACCUUACAUGUUCCAACUAAUCCUCAGAAACCCACCUCAAAUAUUUCAGUUAUGGAAAACCCAUCAACUCCUCAGAAACCCAUCACAGCAAACGAUUCAGUCACAAUAGCUAAAAUAACCCCUGUAUCAAAUGCUCUGUCUAUAGAGACCCCUCCAGCAGCCCAGACUCCCAUCAUGGCAAAUUCUUCUGUUACACAAGCUACCCCCAAAACCCAAAGACUCACAACAGCAAAAGCUUCAUUUACACGGAGUCUUCCAGGAACACAAAAGUUCACUGCUGUACAUGCUCCAGUGACUAAGAGUCUCCACACAACACAAAGACUGCCCUCUGCUCCUAUUUCAGCAACACGGAGUACAGCUGUUCCCAGGCUAACCACGCCUUCUCAUGCAAGCACACCUACAGGAAAAGGAACCCCUUCUGCAGGGGUUAACUCCAUUGUAUUUGGAUUUGUUGCUGGUACUUUAAUAAUUGGCAUCGUAAUUCUAGGCAUAAUUUUCUGGGACCGUGGAAAAUCAGGCGUUUACUACCCUCAGGAAAACAACAAAGCACAAAAUGUCACAUUGCAUAAUUUAAAUGAGACUGGUAAUGCCUCAGAAGUAUGACCUUGUGGUAAAUGAUGAAAGGACAUACAUUUGUAACACUGACCGUUUUGCUAAUGACACUAGCAGCCACUGGCUAUUUGAUCUAGCCAAAGAAGAGAGAAGAAGAAAGUGCACAGAAGUACACAGACUACUUGUAGUUUCCUAUAAGUUUCUGGAGCCGUGGACACAAUAUAUGCAGUAGUGCUCUUCAUUUUGCAUGUUAUCAUUGUCUUUAAGGUGCAUAGAAAUGUCAAUGAUGCAAGAAGA